GCGAGUGGCCGUCCUGCUCAUUUCCACACUGCUGUGCAUCACAGAGGGCGUUUAAGCGAGAGAGAGAGAGAGAGAGAGAGUGUGUGCGUGUGUGUGUGUGUGUGUGUGCAUGCGCAUGUGUGAGUGUGCACAUGUGGAUAAGAGAGAAGCGUGCCGACUGCCCCACCACAAAAGGAAUCAACUUUUUCUUUUUUUUUCCUUUUUUUGUUUUAGAGGUAAAAAGAGGGAACAAUUGACUGAAUGGGGGGGAAGCCCGGCUGCCCUUGAACCUGAAAACGCUGUUUGAUUUGUCAGAUUUCCGUUUGUGUGGUUUACUCCUCUCUCCCACAGCGGGGAGUCGAGAGGUGACUCUUGAGCUGCUCGCAGAGGAAUUUGAACAGAAGCAGAGAUGUUGUCCCUCUGAGCUGCCACUCCUCUGACUGUAAUUUUGACUUUUUAUUCUCUCCUUUUUUUUUGAUUAAUGAUUGGAUGCGCUGAGUCACAAUGGACGCAUCAUCUCUAUCAGAUAUAGACUACAACCAGACAUAUGUGGAUGAGCAUUAUUUCUUCGAGGACAAUAUAGACGGCUAUGGCAUCACCAUGGCCAUCCUCUACUUGGUGGUUUGUAUCCUGGGACUAGCUGGGAACUCCCUCGUCAUCGUCGCCAUUUUGAAAUUGGACAAAAUGUCAUCCUCCACGACCGUGUACAUUUUCAACCUGGCCGUGGCCGACGGACUCUUCAUGGUUGGUCUUCCCUUCAUCGCGAGCCAAAACUUCCAGAACCACUGGAUGUUCGGCGACACCGUGUGCAAAGUCGUCAUGGUGCUGGACGGCAUCAACCAGUUCACCAGCAUCUUCUGUCUGACGGCGAUGAGCAUCGAUCGCUACAUGGCGCUGGCCGACCCGCUGCGCUUCGCCCGCUGGAGAACGCCGCGCUGGGCCAAGAUCGUCUCGGCAUUGCUGUGGCUGCUCUCGCUCCUGACCAUCCUCCCCAUGGCGCUCCACUUCUCGGCCGAACGAGGCCUGUGCAUACCGGACCUGGUCUCGGACGCCUGGUGGCUCGGCAUCCUGUCUUACACCUUCGUCAUGGGCUUCGCUCUGCCGUUCACGGUCAUGACGGCCUCUUACGCGGCGCUGCUGCUCACCCUGAGGGCCCGGCGGCUCCGAGCGCCGCCGGUCAACCCGGAGAGCCACCGGCUGGAGCGGCAGCUCACCAAUAUGGUGGUCGCAGUGGUGGUGGUGUUCGGGGUGUGCUGGCUGCCGUUUUACACCUUCAACUUCUGCUCCCUGUAUCAAACCGGCAUGGUCCUGUCCUUCGCUCGAGCUUUUGAGUUUGUGGUGCUGCUGUCGUACUCGUGGAGCUGCGCUAACCCCAUCCUCUACGCCUGCCUCUCCGACACCUUCAGGAGGCACUUCCGCACACUCCUCUGCCCUGCCGCCAAGUCCUCUCCCAGCAUGCAGUGCAACACUGAACGGUACGACUUGAAUGACACAGGUGUGCGGGACGUGACCAUUCUGGCGUAAAAGACGAUGAAAAACUGACUCGGCGUUUCUCUCAAUAUCUUGUCACGAUGCACUGCAUGAUGCAUUCCACCUUCUUUAAACAUGGUUACUUAUUUAAUGUUUUGGAGAUAAGUGAUCAUUUCGUUUUUUUCGGGGGUUUCUUUUUAAUAUUUACACUUUACUUGGAAUGUAUCAAUUGUAUAUAUUUUCUUGCCCUGGGCGAUUCGAUUUGCUGAAUUUGAGUCUAUGGUCGGGUGUCGGUCGAGAGAUGAUCGACGCACCUGUGUUGAUCAUCUCUGUGAAUCUUGAAGUUCACCCUCUUCUCCCGUCGCUUUCAUACUUUCUCAUUUCUCCGAGUUCUUACCACACAUUAGUCAAAGUAGAAGGACAGGAAGAAAGAAAAUGCAAAGAGCAUAAUUCAGUUUGACUUCCCGGAACACAAAUCCUCUGUCUCGACAGAGUAGGAGCCCGCCUACGAAUUUAGUAACUCUGCUCCGCUGCAUCUCAACAGGACGAGUGAAAUGAGGCACGAGAGGGAUGAAGUGUGGACAGGUGGAGUGUAAACAGAAUAAUGCGGGUCACAUGCCUGUGGCCAAACACCGGCACGAAGACACACAGACAGCUCCUCGACUCCCACAGCUGGAUUACGUCCUGUUGUGGGAGACUAUCAGAUCAGAUGUGUGUGUGUGUAUGUGUGUGUGUGUGUGUGUGUGUGCGUGCCUGCCUGGGUGGCCGUGUUUGUGCACCUACAUGCGCGCAUGUUGAGAACCUCGUGUGCUACAGGCGUACUGCGGUGUUCUGCUUAAGCCUGAGGAUUCCCAAAAGAUACUUUUAAGGACACGGACAGGUGAACAUAUUCAGCAACACAUUUUCUUUUUCAUUCCAUUACUGUUAGCUUAAAAAACAACCGAAAAAAUGUCCCCAGUUUAGAAAUCUAAAAAAGCAGCUUGAUGAAAAUGAAUUGGGACGAAACCCAAUGCUUUCAUAAAGUCACGCAGAGGCAUGGCAUCCGGUAGGUUAUGGUUUAUCAUGUACAGCUUUAACACUCAUUUCUCCAAUCAGCAUGCAUCACGGGUGAUUUAACUGACAGCGAUCAAAAACGCAUACAAACCAGGAGUCAACAGACCCAAAAUAUAUCCAAUCGCAGCAUUUUCAGCCGAUCAACAGCAGGAGUUACAUAAACAGAAACACGUUCUUUUGCACACAGAUGCAAAGGAAGAGUAAACAGAAUAAUACACAAACACACUUGUUAAAAGUGCAUUUGUAGAAACACACAUUGGCUGUUAAUUUUCAGCGAUGUAAAUAUGCAUAAAUGAGAAAAUGAUGUGUCUGUGGUUUGUUGACAAACAUAAUAAAUGUGUUAGUGUACAAAAGAUAAGCAUGCCUCAUUUUAACGACUCACUGUAAUCCAUUCACACCACGUCUGAACACGAAACACAAACUUUGUAAAUCCUGAGUUUUAAUGAGGCUGGUGAUCAGGACACGGGACUGGGACUUCACUUAUAUUGAUCAUAUAGUCACCACAUAUACGUAUAUAUAUAUAUAUGAGCGUUUCUCAGAUGCUAUUACCGUAUUGAUUGUAAAUAAACUUGCUUGUCUUUUAUUCGUUUCUGUUGCCAUAUUGCCGUUACAAAGUGAUGAAACUCGGUUUACUUGUGCAGAUGAUGGGAAAUGUUAUGAAAAGAUGGAAAAAUGAACACUAUGACAACUAUGUCACUAUUGAGUCAUAGCAGCCAGUCGAGUACGACACUUUAUUACAACUAUGAAGUAAUUCACUUAAGUAUUUCUAUUUUGUGAUCUGUUGUGUUCCAUUCCACUACAUUGCAGAGGGAAAUAUAGGACUUUUACUUUCACUGAAUAUAUUCACAUUGUUGUGUUUUUGUCUCCCACCACUUUAUGGAAGCUCAAUAAAAAAAAAUCAAUAAAAAGAAGCAUGUUGUUAAAUGACGGGCAUUCUUCCUUCUGUACGGGACGAAAAAGCAAACGUCUGCUUGCAUACUCUCCCCGGUGGGCAUUCUGUGAACUGGAAAGACUGUAAAUGUCAAGCCCGCUUGCUGAGACCCACUCGUGUCUUCCGGGCUUGUUUUUCUUUUUUUUUUUAAAGAGCUAAUAAACCCCUGCCACAUCUCCUGCAAGUUUAAAGACGCUCGUGGAAGAAUUUGACGGACAGUGAGGGGGAAACCAAGCUCAGGGUCAGCCCAAAAGCCCAAAAACACACAAAUGUUUUUUUUAUUGCAUGGCUAAAGUAUGUAUCAUAUUAAAAUAGUUUUGACAUGACAUCAUAGGGACUCAUUAGUUACUUAUAGUGCCCUCUCACAUUUCAAUAUUCUUACGGGGGUUCACAACAUCUUAGAAUCUAAAUGUUUGCUGAUAUUUGCCAACAAACGACCAACACUCUGGUUUUAAGUGAUUAUUUCACUACUAUUUGUGACUCUUCUUUUAUAAAGAAUAUGCAUAUGAAAUCACUGUAACCAUGUACAUGUUCUAAUUUGCCUGAGAAACUAGAAUCUGGAUUUAAAUCUGACCUCUUUGUUAAGCAUGAAAUAAAGUGAAAAG